UGGGCUGCAGGAUAACACAGACUCAGGCUCAUUGUUCUACAGUUUCAGCUGAAAGUCAGAGCACUCCCUGGGAAGUUUGCUUUCUAUAAAUACAUUUCCUCUUCCUUGUGCCAGCUCUCCUAAGAACCGAUAUUUUGAGACAUGCCACAGCCAAAUGCAGUAAGAGGCGCUGAACAUGCCUCGCAGUCCAACGUCAAGUGAAGAUGAGAUGGCUCAGAGUUUUUCAGACUAUUCAGUGGAGUCUGAAUCAGACAGCUCUAAAGAAGAAACCAUUUACGAUACUAUCAGGGCUACUGCAGAGAAGCCAAGUAGCAGAAUGGAAGACUCCAAGAGCAAUACAUUAGUGAUGCGGAUUAUAAUACCUGACCUACAGCAGACGAAGUGUAUUAGAUUUAAUCCUGAAGCCUCUGUAUGGGUAGCAAAACAGCGAAUUCUUUGCACAUUGAAUCAAAGUUUGAAAGAUGUUCUCAAUUAUGGCUUGUUUCAGCCUGCGAACAAUGGGAGAGAUGGGAAAUUUUUGGAUGAAGAAAGACUUCUUAUGGAAUAUCCACAACCUGUAAACAAGGGUGUUCCAACCUUAGAGUUUCGGUAUAAGAAAAGGGUGUACAGACAAUUUAAUCUUGAUGAAAAGCAGCUAGCCAAGCUCCACACAAAGGCUAAUUUUCGAAAAUGUAUGGACCACGUUCACCACCUGUCUGUUGAAAAACUAACAAAGAUGCUGGAUCGGGGACUUGAUCCUAACUAUCAUGACUUGGAAAGUGGAGAAACCCCACUGACUUUGGCAGCUCAACUUAGCAAUACUGUUGAAGUUAUCAAAGCCCUGAGAAAUGGAGGAGCUCAUUUAGAUUUCAGAGCUAAAGAUGGCAUGACAGCAUUACACAAAGCAGCUAGAGCCAAGAACCAACUUACCCUGAAGACCCUCUUAGAACUUGGAGCAUCUCCCAAUUAUAAAGACAGCUGUGGACUGACACCGUUGUAUCACACUGCUGUGGUUGGAGGAGAUCCAUAUUGUUGUGAGCUCUUGCUUCAUGAACAUGCUACUGUGGGUUGCAAAGAUGAAAAUGGAUGGCAGGAGAUUCACCAGGCUUGUCGAUAUGGGCACGUCCAGCAUUUAGAACAUUUUCUGUUUUAUGGAGCUGAUAUGGGAGCACAAAAUGCCUCUGGAAACACAGCGUUACAUAUCUGUGCACUUUACAACCAGGACAGCUGUGCAAGAGUUUUGUUGUUACGGGGAGCUAACAAGGAGUUAAAGAACUAUAAUAGUCAAUCUCCAUUUCAGGUGGCAAUAAUUGCUGGAAAUUUUGAGCUUGCUGAAUAUAUCAAGAAUCACAAGGAAACUGAUAUAGUGCCAUUUAGAGAGGCUCCUACCUACUCAAACAGAAGACGGAGGCCCCAGAGCACCUUGACAGCACCUCGCGUCUUGCUUCGGUCAAAUAGUGAUAACAAUCUGAACGUCAACAUUCCUGAUUGGUCAGCCUCUUCCUUAGCUUCUUCACACCGUAGCCUUUCGCCUAACCUACUCCAACAGAUGCAGAAUAAUCCUAAUGGAACUGUGAAAACUGUUGGGAGCUACACGCCAUCUUCUCGAAGCCGCUCACCAUCAUUAAAUAGGUUAGGAGGAGAAGAUGCAAAGCGGCAGCAACAUCGGCACAUUAGUGCCAGUUAUAACCCCAGUGCCAACAAGGAUACUAUAUCUGCCUUGGAUUAUCAGGGUCCAAAACGUAAACUUUACAGUGCUGUACCUGGAAGACUAUUUAUUGUCGUGAAACCAUAUCAACCUCAAGGAGAAGGGGAGAUUCAUUUGCACAAAGGGGACAGGGUGAAAGUUUUGAGCAUUGGCGAGGGUGGAUUCUGGGAAGGCACCACUCGAGGUCAUGUUGGAUGGUUUCCUGCAGAAUGUGUUGAGGAAGUGCAGUGUAAACCAAAUGAAAGCAAACCAGAAACUCGAGCAGACAGAACAAAGAAAUUGUUUAGACACUAUACUGUUGGAUCAUAUGACAGCUUUGAUGCUUCAAGUGACUGCAUUGUAGAAGAAAAGGCUGUGGUCCUGCAGAAAAAAGACAAUGAAGGAUUUGGGUUUGUGCUCAGAGGGGCCAAAGCUGAUACACCAAUUGAAGAAUUCACCCCUACUCCAGCCUUUCCUGCUUUGCAGUAUCUGGAAUCAGUGGAUGAAGGUGGGGUAGCAUGGCAAGCUGGCUUGAGAACAGGAGACUUUUUGAUCGAGGUUAAUAAUGAAAAUGUAGUUAAAGUUGGCCAUAGGCAAGUGGUGAACAUGAUUCGGCAAGGAGGCAAUCAUUUAGUUCUUAAAGUUGUCACAGUAACCAGGAAUCUUGAUCCAGAUGACACAGCCAGAAAGAAAGCCCCACCACCUCCAAAACGGGCUCCAACCACUGCACUGACCUUGCGGUCUAAGUCAAUGACCUCAGAACUUGAAGAGCUUGUGGACAAAGCUUCAGUACGGAAGAAGAAGGAUAUUUUCCCUUCACAUUUUGAAGGUUUGAAGAAGAGGAUUGUUUUUCGAGUCACACUAAAUAAAGUUGAUGAAAUAGUACCAGUUUCCAAGCCAUCCAGAAUUCCAGACAAUGCAGCCGUGGACUCAAGAGUGGCAACAAUUAAACAACGACCUUCCAGCAGAUGCUUUCCCUCGGCUACAGAUAUGAAUUCUAUGUAUGAGAGACAAGGGAUUGCUGUGAUGCCACCAACAGUCCCUGGGAGUUCCCAAGGCCCGUUUCUGGGUGUACCACGAGGUACCGUGAGAAGACAAAAAUCAAUAGGGAUAACAGAGGAAGAACGGCAAUUUUUGGCUCCUCCCAUGCUAAAAUUUACCAGAAGUCUAUCCAUGCCAGACACCUCUGAAGAUAUCCCUCCUCCACCACAGUCUUUACCUCCAUCACCACCACCUCCAUCUCCUUCUCUUUACAACUCCCCCAAAUCUCCAGUGUCUAGAAUAUAUGGGACAAUUAAGCCUGCAUUUAAUCAGAAUUCAGGUGCAAAGUUAGCUAUUUCAGGUAGAUCUGAAAAUAUGGGAACGGUGAUAAGGGACAAAGGGAUAUAUUACCGGAGAGAGAUGGACCGUUAUUCUCUAGAUUCUGAGGACUUAUAUAGCAGAAAUGCCUCAACUCAGGCAAGCUUCAGAAACAAGAGAGGUCAGAUGCCGGAGAACCCAUACUCUGAAGUUGGAAAAAUAGCAAGCAAAGCAGUGUAUGUCCCAGCCAAGCCAGCAAGACGGAAGGGAAUGCUAGUGAAACAAUCUAAUGUUGAGGAUAGUCCAGAAAAAACCUGCUCUAUUCCAAUUCCAACUAUCAUUGUUAAAGAGCCAUCUACCAGCAGUAGUGGGAAAAGUAGUCAAGGAAGCAGCAUGGAAAUUGACCCACAGUCUUCAGAGCAACCAGGACAGCUCAGACCUGAAGAUAACUUGACUGUCAGUAGUCCAUUUGCAGCAGCCAUUGCAGGGGCAGUGAGGGAUAGGGAGAAAAGAUUAGAAGCCAGGCGUAACUCUCCAGCUUUCCUUUCCACAGAUUUGGGAGAUGAGGAUGUUGGGCUGUCGCCUCCAAUGCCACGUUUGAGACAGUCUAAGUUUAGUGAUGAGGGAAUGUUGGGUAAUGAAGACAACUUUAGGCAACUUGUAUCACCAUCUCCUAUCCCAACACCUAGAGAGCCUGAAAAUAUUUUUAAUAGCAGUGAAUCAAGUAAUCAAAGUGAUGCAAGGACACCAAACCCUUCAACCCAAACAUCAAUGGGUUCAGAAAAUAAUGUGUUGGCAACUCAGAAUGCUGGUAUGUCCAGUUUGGAUAACUAUGUUCAUCCACUCACAGGGAAAUUACUGGAUCCAAAUUCACCUUUAGCCCUUGCCCUUUCUGCCAGAGAUAGAGCCAUGAAGGAACAAACCCAGCAAAUUCCAGGGAAAGGAGAAUCUGGCAAAGCAGACCUUAAUAAACCCCUUUAUAUAGAUACAAAGAUGAGGUCCAACAUCGAAACUACAUUUCCAGUGACAGCUACAAUUGCUAGGCAAAAUACACGUGGUCCACUAAGGCGGCAGGAGACGGAGAACAAAUAUGAGACAGAUACGGGGAAAGAGAGGAGGCCUGAAGAAAAGAAGAACAUGCUGAUAAAUAUUGUGGAUACCUCACAGCAGAAGUCAGCUGGUUUGCUCAUGGUUCAUACAGUAGAUACAGCACAGUCCAAUGAUACCCCUGAUGAAAAGGAAGAGGAAAGUGCUGAGAUAGAUGUGGAUACCGAGAAGCCUCCACCAGAGGCACAGGAAAGUACAGAAACGGCAGAAAGUGGACAAGAUGAAGCUGACAUGCCUGAGCUACCUGCAUCUCCCUGCAAAACUAUUGUAGCAGUUGGCUCCGUUGAUGAUCCAAUCAUUUUACCAUUCCGUAUCCCUCCACCCCCUUUAGCAUCUGUUGAUCUUGAUGAAGAUUUCAUCUUUACUGAGCCAUUACCACCGCCUUUAGAAUUUGCUAACAGUUUUGAUAUCCCUGAUGACCAUUCUGUCCCAGGCUCUGCACUAACAGACUUGCUCAAACAGAGGAAAAACGGAACUCCGCCUACUUCAUUCAAUCCUACUCAACCCUCAAAUUCAAUAGACAGUAAGAAACCAGUGGGUCUUUCAAACUGUUUGCCUGCCUCAUUUUUACCACCGCCUGAAAAUUUUGAUAAUGUCACUGACUCUGGGAUUGAAGAGGUGGACAGUCGAAGCAGUAGUGACCAUCACCUAGAGACAACCAGCACUAUCUCAACUGUGUCCAGCAUCUCUACCUUAUCCUCUGAAGGUGGUGAGAACUUGGAUACUUGUACAGUCUAUGCAGAUGGGCAAACAUUUCUGGUGGACAAACCCCCAGUACCUCCUAAGCCAAAAAUGAAGCCCAUAAUCAACAAAAGCAAUGCACUUUACAAGGAUGCGCUAAUUGAAGAAACUGUAGAUAGUUUUGUUAUUCCUCCACCUGCCCCACCCCCACCUCCUAUCAGCGCACAGCCCAGUAUGGCUAAAGUUGUACAGCAAAGGACCUCUAAGCUAUGGGGUGAUGUAACGGAGGUUAAAAGCCCAGUUCUCUCAGGCCCAAAGGCUAAUGUCAUUAGUGAAUUGAACUCAAUACUGCAGCAAAUGAACAGAGAGAAAUCAUCAAAGCCAGGGGAAGGAUUGGAGUCACCUCCAGGAAUAAAAACAGCAAGUCUUAGUACAAGGGGCACAGAAGUCAUGAGCACUGUCUCAGGUACUCGAAGUUCAACCAUCACUUUUACUGUCCGGCCUGGGACUAGCCAGCCAAUCACACUGCAGAGCAGAUCCCCAGACUAUGAUAGUAGGACACCAGGAGCAAGACAUGCUCCAAGCCCAGUGGUUUCACCAACAGAAAUAAGUAAGGACAUCAUGCCAGCUCCUCUGACUGCUGCUGCUCCAGUUGCAUCUCCUUCUCCAACACUUUCUGAUGUUUUUAGCCUACCCAGCCAGCCUCCUUCGGGGGACCUCUUCGCUUUGAACACAGGGCGCAGCAGGUCUCCUUCUCCCUCAAUCUUGCAACAGCCAAUAUCAAAUAAGCCUUUUACAACUAAGCCUGUCCACCUGUGGACCAAGCCAGAUGUGGCAGAUUGGUUGGAGAGUUUAAACUUAGGUGAACAUAAAGAGACCUUUAUGGAUAAUGAAAUAGAUGGCACUCACUUACCAAACCUUCAGAAGGAAGACUUGAUAGACCUUGGAGUGACUAGAGUUGGUCACAGAAUGAACAUAGAAAGAGCCUUGAAACAGCUACUGGACAGAUAAGAAUGGCUGCGCUUGCCUCACAUACCUUUGUUAUAAAUAGAGAUGGGCUGGUACUGAAACACCCCAAAUGCCUUGACUCCCCAAGAGUACCACUAAAUUAAAGCAUCAGUUGGUUGCUAUAGUUUUUGAUAUGCAAGAGUGUAGAUUGUAAGUUUGGUGCCCGAGAGCAGCCCCAAGUAAAUGUACAUUAUUAAAGGGACUAUAUAUUUCAAAGAGGAAGGAAGAAAGGGGAGAGAAUAAGGAAAGGGGGGAAAUGCUAAUUUUUUAAAAUAUAUAUGUGUGUGUGUGUGUAAGCUCUGGUCUUACUGAAAUUAUUUCUAAAAUUAUUACAGUAUCUUUAUUUAUGGGGCAUGGGAAUAACAUUCAUCCUUUUGUAUUCAUGAAUUGUUUUCCUGCCCUUCAGAAAUGCCCUUCUGCCUGAACAAUACUGUGCCAGUUUCUUUUUGGUUUGAAACCUAUUGGUGUUUCUCCUUUCACAAUAAAGUAUGAUGUCCAGC